CGGCGGAGCCCGCGGUGACGGUGUUGCGGUGUAGAGGCGAGACGUUAAGCACACGCGGCGCGAACUUGAGCGGCGUCCGUCGACCUUCCGCGGCGAAGAGACAACAAAGGCGUCCAGCUGGAGGGCGCGCGGUUUGCGCUCCACCCGGACCUGCCUCCCUCCAGAAAGGCCAGCCAGAGACCCGAGCGGUAAAGAUGGGAAGGAAGCUGGACCUGUCUGGCCUUACAGACGAUGAGGCGGAACACGUGCUGCAGGUGGUGAAGAGGGAUAUGAAGCUGCGCAAGAAGGAGGAAGAGCGGCUAAGUGAGCUGAGGCAGGAGCUGGAUGAGGAAGGCAGCCGCUGCUCCCUCCUGUCCAGGCAGGAGAAGUUCAACGAGCGCUGCUGCAUGCGCUGCUGCUCGCCCUUCACCUUCCUGCUGAACCCCAAGCGGCCGUGCGGAGACUGCCGCUUCAACGUGUGCAAGGGCUGCCGCACCUACAGCAAGGAGGAGCGCAUCUGGAUCUGCAGCGCCUGCCAGAAGAGCAGGAUCCUGAAGACACAGUCUCUCGAAUGGUACUACAAUAACGUGAAAAGCCGAUUCAAGAGGUUUGGAAGCGCCAAGGUUUUGAAGACUCUCUAUAGGAAGCACGUGGUGGAACAGGGAGCUCUGUCGGAACUCACAGAGGGCAGUUAUCACGAAGGAAGCCUCGACAACGAUGAAAGCGUCGGCAGCGACUCUGCUUUUUAUAAGCAAAGCGAAGGACACAGCAUGGCAGAGACGCUCAGCGUGGCGCUGCGGGUUGCUGAAGAGGCUAUAGAGGAGGCCAUCGCCAAGGCUGAGGAGUACAGCGACAGUCUGGAAAAGCAGAAUGAGGCGCGAUACCUGCGCGACAACAAGGAGGAGCUGAUCGAGGAACUCGCGACGACAAUUGUGCAAAAAAUCAUUCAGCGGAGGAAGCGCACGGAGCUGCAGCCAGAGUACGAGAUGGUGUGGCCCUCGGGACCGGCCGACGAGCCCCACUCCCCCACCGCCGCCCCCUCCGCCGCUCCGUGUCGGGAGAACACCCCUGCGGUUCAGAAUACCCUGCGGAGCUCCCAGGCUCUGUGGAGAUCGAGGUCUGCUGGUUCCCUGACAAGUGACGACUCUCCAGACAAGCCCACAGAGCCCAGGGGUAAGAACAGCCCUGUCCCAGGGGACGCCCUGUGGGGUGUGAACAACUUUGGUACCUUAAGGAGGGACUCUCGUGCAUCCCCAAUGCCCAGCUGGAAGAGCGUGGACCGGCUGGACAACUCCAGCGCCUCGUCCAUGUUGCAGAGUCCGGACGGGAACUGGAUCGCCCUGCAGAACUCCCAGCUGGGCCGACCCAGUCUGCUGACCAAGUGGAAGAGCCAGGUGUUCAGCGCUCUGGAGAAGGAGUCCGGCGUCGUGUCGGCCUACGACGAAAUGGGCUCCGACUCCGACGGCGGCGCCGACGAGGCGGGCUGGGCCGCGACUCUGCAGGAGUUCCGCCGCAGGAUGUCCGACGAGACGUACUACACGGACUCGCAGCACGACCCAGAGUGGACAUACACGCCCCACCCGCCCGUCACGUCCCCCUCGUCGGGUCAGUACACCAACACGGAGACGCUGAACUCGGAUUCGGAGGCGUCCACCACACCCUCGGCCUGGGAUGCUCCGGCUCGGCCCCGAAAGCCUUCAGCGGCCCCCUGGAGCAAGAAGGGGCCUCCAGACCACUCGCAUCACCGCCUUCAUGCUCACCCGCGCCCCGACGCCCUGGAUGUGAAUUUCAACCCUCGGACCGUGGACAGCAGCGAGGCUGAAGAGCGACAGGGCGACCCCAUCAGGAGGGCACGCAGGCGCAAGAGGAGCCGACGGGAGCAAGUGGACCCGACCCGGAGCCACACGCCGCAGUACUCUUCACCUGUCCUGGAUUACAGUGGCUUCCUGCGGAAUGCGCUGGGGAGGAAGGAUGCUGGAGGGGAUUCCGUCGGCCACCAAGCACCAGCAUUCGUGAGCACGGGUGCCUCAGACACGAACAUCGGCGCUCCAAGCCAACGCAGGGCCUGGGCCCUCGGCCGCACCACCCUCGCAGAGCUGGAGUGCAAGUCCAAGCCUUGCGGGCCGGCGGGCCGGGCCAAGGAGCGAAACGUGAGCUCGUCCGAAGAGGACCUGCUCAGGGGAGACCCGGGCAAGAGGCCACAGGAGAGAGAGGAGGGUAGACUGGAGCAGAAGGAGAAGGGACGACCCUCUGAGAAAGUGGUGCAGGCGAAGGAGGACGCGUUGAACGUGAGCAGGGCGGAGAAUGGUAUUAAGAAGCUCAAAGAGAAGGAAGCAGUUCUGCUGCAGAUGGAGAAAGCGCUCAAAAAACGGGGGAGUGAGAAAAAGAGGCUUGGGGAGAAGGUUGGAACGGGAGGGAAGGAGCCUGCCGAAAAAGCGAACAACCACGCCUCAGGAAAGAGCGCUCCCCUCGACCCCAAGGAGCUUCGAUCCCUGGAGGAUAUCUGUAAAGAGGGGCAAAAUGGUGUGGAUCUGCAACACAGACUUCAGCUGCUCUCCUCCCUGUUACAGCAGAAGUACUCGGCAGCAUCUCUGUGCAGCAUCACAACAGAGGUGCUGAAGGUGCUGAACGCUACCGAGGAGCUGAUUGAGGAGGCUUCCGGGGAGGGCCACGGCCUCACUGACCCUGGUGGCCCAACGAGCCCUGACACAAAACAGCUGGAUGAGCGUCUUACCAAGCUGGAAGAGAACGUGUACCUGGCUGCUGGCACGGUGUAUGGGCUGGAGGGAGACCUGGGCGACCUCGAGAACUGCGCACGUGCCAUCCGCAGCGCCACCACCGAGAGCGAACUGGCCCACCUGGAGGAGCAGGUGGCCAGCGCCGCCGCACAGGUGCAGCACUCAGAGCUCCAGAUCUCAGAUAUCGAGGCGCGGAUCUCGGCCCUGAAGACCGCUGGCCUGAACGUGACCCCCUGCACACGGUUCUCCAGGUUCAAGCCAAAGGCCAAGACGGAGACCAUCAACUCUUCACGGCAACACAGGAGAAAGCUCCCCGCUCCUCCAGUGAAAGAUGAAGCCGCCAAGCUGGAGCUGCAGUUGGGAGCGUCGCAGGCCUAAUGACGCCGCGGACCACCACCCGACCCCGGGACGGGGGGCAUGGGGCCCAUUUUCCACGCCAGUGCCUUGACCCCAGCGUGCGUCCACAGCAAAGCACCACCUUCGCAUGAGCCUCCCCUACAGGACCACCGUGUAUUCUAAAACAUACAUUCCAAAACGGAGGGAAAUAUAUUUUUAUACACGCCAAGAUGAACUGCACAUAUUGGAAAAAGUAUAUCAUUGUGCUUUCAGUACAUAUGAAUUCCUGCCUCCAUAAUAAUCUAUUGUAAAGUCACAUAUACUGGAAAAUGUAACCUUGCUUGCUUCAUCUAUAUAUUGGUAAAUCUGCGAGUGGCACAACCCGUUCAUAGUUUUUCUAAGUUACGCUCUCUUUUUGUUCGGUGUCCAAAACACGUCCCUUGCUUUUUGGAUCUUACAUUUUAAAAUAUGUCGCCGCUUCCCGAGGACUGCCUGCCUGUGGAGCGCCGGUGAUGAACCUCUUAUCGGCAAACAGUGACUCGCUGACAUCCUGCCCGGAUCGACGGGAAACCUCUGCCUUAACGUGUUUAAAAAGAAAAAAAAACGCCCCUUCAGAAAAUAGAAUCCUUACAGGAGUCACUGAACACUUCUUUUUCUAUAACUAUCUGUAUGCAGGAGUCCUGUGUUUGAAUAGCGUACAAAAAAGAGACGUGCAAGUCUGUGAAUGUGACCCAGUAGUACAGUUUUACUCUCCUCUCCCUGCAAUACA